UCCUCUUAUAUACCCAUUAAUACGCCACUCUUUCACAUUAUCACUCCUUUCUACAUGUUUUUUUCCUCUGACCGAUUUUUGAUAAAAAUAUUCAAUUUUUUUUGGGGAAUUUUUGUUUUAGGGUUAAUUAUUUUUAGUGAAGGGAUUAAAUCAUGUUUUUCCUAGAUUGGUUCUAUGGGAUCCUUGCUUCCCUUGGUUUAUGGCAAAAAGAGGCCAAGAUCUUGUUUUUAGGACUUGAUAACGCCGGCAAAACGACUCUGCUUCAUAUGCUUAAAGAUGAGAGAUUAGUUCAGCAUCAGCCAACACAGCAUCCCACAUCAGAGGAAUUGAGUAUUGGGAAAAUCAAGUUUAAGGCCUUUGAUUUGGGAGGCCAUCAGAUUGCUCGAAGAGUUUGGAAAGAUUACUAUGCCAAGGUGGAUGCGGUUGUUUAUCUGGUGGAUGCUUAUGACAAGGAGAGGUUUGCUGAGUCAAAAAAGGAGUUGGAUGCUCUUCUCUCUGAUGAAGCCUUGACUAACGUUCCAUUCCUCAUCUUGGGCAACAAGAUUGAUAUACCAUAUGCUGCCUCAGAAGAUGAGUUGCGAUAUCACCUUGGCCUGACCAAUUUCACCACAGGCAAGGGUAAGGUCAACUUGGGAGACUCAAAUGUUCGUCCCCUUGAAGUAUUUAUGUGUAGCAUUGUCCGUAAAAUGGGUUAUGGAGAUGGUUUCAAGUGGCUUUCUCAGUACAUUAAGUAGGUAGCUAGAGGAAAUUUAGAUAUGCAUUUUUUUUAGUGUUAUUAUUAUACAGAAUUGAGUUGGAUGGAACACUUUCAGAAAUCAUUGUUGCAGAUGUUUCAAACCACCCGAUACCCACCCUUCCUCUCUUCUCUUAUCCCUUUCUUUUUUUUUCCUUCCAUUUUUGUUUGAAUUGGUAAACAAGCUCCCUUCUUCGAGACAAUGAGACAUACAAGUAAUUGAUGAUUUGAGCCCUGAAUGUUUAUUUAGAGGGUGAUACUUUUGCUUUAAUCAUGCCCUCGUUGUCCAUUGUUGCCUUUAUCAUACUAAUAAUAUAUUCAUUAUUUCAUUCUUGUAAUUUAACUAUACUCAUUUAACAGACGUGAUGUGACUCACACCCUUUCAGUUCUAUU